GUUGAAAAGUAAGAACAAAUAUUAAUGAAUGCAAAUUUUAGCGAUGAUACAUCUGAAGGUUCUCAGUCAGUUUGGGAUUGUCCAGAAUUAGCUUUUGAUGACCAAGAUGAUUGUUCUUCUCAGAUACCGAAUUUUACGCAUCAGUUUGCCAAUACUCUCAAAGACAACAAAGGCAAGCCGGAUAUGGCUGACUUCGAGAAAGCAAUAGAUGCUGUGGCUAGCCCAAAUUUUGCCAGGCAAAAACUAAUAGACUCAAAUCUAACUUCAAGCCCUCUAAAACAGCAAACUCAGAUGAUUUCCAAAAGAAAGCUUGAAGAAUACAAGCCUCAAACCUUCAACGAAAGAACUUCUACCAGGUGGAGAGAGUCUGGUCUUACUCUGAAAGAAAAGAAGCUGUUAAGGAAGAUCUCGUCAGAUCAGAUUCUAAAAGUAUUGUUUGCUUAGAGUAGCUUGCAGCCAUGAACAUUAUGAAUGAUAAUUUUUAUAAUA